AUGGCGUACAUUGGCAAAACCUAUGUUGAGGUCCGAUCGGAAAAUCUUGAAGCGCUCGUUAAGAGUCUGAAAAUACCAGACAAUGUAGCCGAUAGGAUUGUUAAUAGCAAACACAAACAAAAAUUGGAAAAAAAUGGAGAUGAUUACGUUCUUACGUCACAUUUGAAUGAGAUGCCUAUGGUUGUGAGUUUUAAGAGCGGCGUCGAGUUUGACGAAAAUGUUGGUCCAAAAGGACAAGAGAGACAAGCUAAAACCACUUUUACCGUUGAUGGUAACAAGGUCACGCAAGUGCAAAAAUUCUCAGAUGGUAAUAUCAUAACAUUAGUUAGAGAAUACGGUUCUGAUAAACUUGAAAUGACAAUCACCACCAGCUCCUGGUCCGGCACUGCCAAAAGAUAUUAUGUCGCCGAAUAA